AUGCAUCGACUUUUUGCUGAGCUGGAGCCAUCUGUAACCGUCACCGAGCAAAACCUGGCAGACCGAGUUCGGUAUAUCUUGCGCUCAAAUACAUUUGAUGUUACCGAACUCGAACGGCUACGACGUGAGGCUGUUCCUUCAUCGGGUGAAAAUGCUGCGGCUGAGGAUGCGGCGCCACAACUUGCUGAGCAAACGGCAAAUGUAGAUGCCGCCGUGAACACGCCAGUUGUGUUGAUUCAGACGAUGAUGGAACAGUCGCCCAGGAACUGGAACUAG